AUGGAUGAUGCGCCAGGGCGAGGGCAGCCCUUGACGGAGGAAGUCCUCAAUGUCUUGGAGCGACACGGGGCAACCUGCUCCUUCUUCAUCGUGUCCUCGUUCGUGAACGGUCGAGAAAAGUUUAUGAGAGACGCUGUAGAGAAGGGACAUGAAUUAUGCAAUCAUGGUGGUGAAGACAUCGCCUAUCAUCUUCACGAUGAAAGCAGCUUCAGAAAGAUUCUGUGCGACUGCGAAAAAGUCUUGGGUGACUUCCAGCCGGCCAGUGUGCGCCCCCAGGAAAGCUCGGAGUGCAGAGUCAAGUGGUUUCGUCCGCCUCACGGCAAAGUCAGCAGAGCGAUGGAGGACGUGCUAGACAAGGAGGGGUAUCGGGUUGCCAUGUGCGACUGUUACGGCAUGGACGUCAUCUGCAAGCCUACUUACAUCUCCAACUACAUUCUAAAGCAUGCGAGCGAGGGAUCGAUCGUCCUGCUGCACAUGCCCGAAGUUGGAUUUAGGGAGUACAACCUGCAAGUGCUGGAGAAGGUCCUGAGGGGGCUGAAGCUGAGGGGCCUCCGCUGCGUCUCGCUCUCGCAGUUGGAGCGCAUGUCAAGGGCCUGCGAGUGA